CUCGACGCUCAGUCUACCGGAGUCUGCAGCGCGCGAAAGUUGUACGUGUGACGUGUACCGCGUGUUUCGCCGGUUCCUUUUUAAACAUUUUAUCACGCGUUUGUGUGUUUCACGGGGUGUAUAAUCCUUCCCUCUCUCGCGACGACAUGUGACAAUUAGUACGCGUUUGUUAACUCGAUUGAAAAUCGAAAUUUAUAAUAGAAAAAUAUGUAAAUAAAAAAAGUCGUUUAGUGUCGUUAAGGCUGAUUUUCGCGGAACGCGUUAACCACGUGAUUUUUCUCUGUCAUGCACGCACGGAACAACGUGCAUCCUGAAGUGAGUGUUUUAAUGAUCGACCGAAGUGUGAUCGAUUCGUGAGCGGCGAUAUACGAUACGUACGCGCGUUACAGUGAAAAAGAAUUGAAGUCGGGUGUGACGAAGUAGCUUUAGCCAUUUUUGAUAAGUUUCGUGGAUCGGUCUGUGUGUGUGUCGCAGCUGCAGCGUCUCUGGCGUCCGCGCGGAAGAAACGGGAAAAAUAAAGAAGUAAAAAACGGUCAAAGUUGCUGGUGGAGGCUACGAUUGACGGAUACCAGUGGAAAGAAAGCAACUCCUUGUAUGGCGGGUAAGUCGUUGAUCUACUUGGUCCACUUUAAAACGCGACAAUUUUUUGGAUCACAUCGGUUCGAUUACAAAUUUUCAUGCCGAUCCAUGAAGUGCACAAAGGAGAAUAAUUUUAAGGUGUUUUCACGAGAUAUCGAGCGUUGUAACACACACGCUCGUCCACUUCGAAGCGAUGUAUCGUGAGUUGUAGGUGGAUGUAGAAAAAGAAAGUGAAACGAAAAGGGAAACCUACUAUGGCAACUUGUUUCAAAAAAAAUGGUGGUUGCAUAGGAUUCGUUUAAACAGAGACUACAUGUAGUGCCGCGGAUACCCGGGGACCGUGGUUGGUUACGAGAAGGUGGAAUCUUCGAGUCAGCGAUCAGCAGCGACACAUUGAUGCUUCGGCGAUCGAUCCACGGACCUAGUGACGAGGCACCGACGCGCCGCCAAGGAAAUCUCGACGAACGACAUUCCUUUGGCAAAGUGACGCUCAGAGCGGUCACGGAUUUCUCGUUGCUGUCUAAAUUAAGGAAAUCCUCGGGAUGGAGCUAAGAACGGCGAAACUGUUACUCUACUCGGCGUUGGUGGUGGUCGUGUGUUGGUGCCAAGAAGAUUGGACGGCCCAAUGUUCGUCCUUGUGCAAAUGCAGAUGGAUUUCCGGCAAGAAGACAGCGGAAUGCGCGAAACAGAAUCUCACGCAGAUACCUAGUAAUCUAUCAUCGGAUAUCCAGAACUUCGACCUAACCGGAAAUCGUAUCGCUCAUCUGGUGAACAACUCGUUCAGUAGCGUCCAUCUGGUGAACCUUCAGAAGUUGGUGUUGCGCAAAUGCGAGAUCGAAACGGUUCACAUGAACGCUUUCAACGGCCUGAAAAUCGUGAUCGAGAUCGAUCUAUCGGCCAACAACAUCAGAACCCUAAAUCGGGGUACCUUCGAAGAAACACAGAGGUUAAGGGUGUUGUUGUUGAACGAGAACAAGCUAAAGGUCCUGGAGAACGGUCUCUUCCGUGAUCUGGUGUACCUGCAGAAGGUGAUGUUGUCUAAUAAUGAAUUAGAACGAAUCGAGAAGAAGACCUUCCACAAUCUGCCAGGUUUGCGAUUAGUUACUCUGGAUGGCAACAAUCUAAGCACCCUGGGGGUGCAGAGCUUCGAGUUGCUGCCGAUACUCGGCAGCCUAGAGCUUCACAAUAAUCCAUGGAAUUGCAAUUGUCAUCUGAAGAGAUUUCGCAAUUGGACGAUAGAGAGAAAGUUGUAUACGAAACCCACCACGUGUCAGCAACCGCCGAAUCUUGCCGGGAAGAUGUGGGACGAGAUCAGCAGCGACGAAUUCGCUUGUAGACCGGAAAUCUUCACGAUUGGCCCAUCCGUGAAGAUGGAGUUCGCCAGAGGGAACGUGACCUUUUGGUGCAGAGCUUCUGGAACCCCGCAGCCAAAGCUGUUCUGGAUCUACCGAUCGAGAACCUUAACCAACGAGAGCCGACGACACAACGGGGAGAAAAGUUAUAUCCUGAAGUCGAGCCACGACUGGUUGAACCUGACGAUACCGGAUGUCACGCCCUCGGACAAGGGUGAUUACGUCUGCUUGGCGAAAAGUCCGGGCGGAAAUACGGAGAAGAACGUGACAUUGGCUAUCGCUGGCGACGCGAUGGGUGGCAAGGACAAUAUAAUCAGUCUACCGCUCGCGCUCGGAUUGGGUGUGACCGCUUUGCUGCUUUUAAUCGUCACCGUUUCCCUUUGCGUGUGCUAUUGUCGUCGUCGUCGAACCAGGCACGACGAGAAGAGCCUCGAGGCCGCUACGAUGGAACACCACGGUCUUGGCGAACAAGAGAAAUCACUGAUCACCACGAUAAAUCCAGUGGUGAAGCCACCGAGACGCUACGAGACGCCUUCCGUGACGUCGCACGGCACCGAGAUGACGGAGCUGAACCGUACACUGCUCGACAACGACUCGGUCUUUGCUGAUGGUAUCGGUGGCGGUGUCGGCAGUGGAGUGAUCGGCGGAGUCGGCGACGACGAGAGGGAAGAACGAGCAACGCCCGAGCUAGAGAGUGGUACCGGCACCCUGUGCCGCGGAGGUGGCGGAAGUUAUCGCCAGUAUCCACCGGAUCUGUUGGCCUUCUCCGGUGGUCGAGGCGCAUCGCCAACGAGCCAAGCGUCCACGGCGCCGGACAACACGCGUCUUCCGAGUCAGCACGCGACGCCAAACUCAGCCGCGUACGGGUCACCCUCGAACCAAUAUCCUGCCACUUUUAAGACCUUGCCGCACAACCGUAGCGUCACCCCCUACGGAAUCACCAGUUCCACCAUCGCACCGGUAAUGCCUCGUCACGGUUACGUUACGAUACCGCGAAGACCCAGGGCACCCAGCUGGAGCAGCGGUCCACCCACUUCGCCCACAGACGGACUGGAGCCUGUCUACGACAAUCUUGGUCUACGCACCACCGCCGAUGGUAGCUCGGUGUUAUCUUUGAACAAGAGUCCCGAGCCUUUGUCCUCGAUCAGGAAUCGACCUCUGCCAGGAACGCCUAGUUCGCAUUACGGCACCAUACAGCGAAGCACCCCAAAUAUAUUGACCAGCAGCCCCCUCGAUAGAGCAGCUCCCGAAGGUGCUGCCGAAUGGCCAUCCAAGAUCGCUGACGAAUCCACCGACAGCAAUCACGUUCUAAAUCAAUCGCAGCCACAACAAUCGUCCAGCAACACUCUCGGUAGAAAGGUACCACCUAGACCACCUCCAAAGCCGAAGAAGAAAUCGACGAACGGUCCACUGUACGAGGACGAAGGUGAAGACGGGACGGAGGUAUGAUCUACGUACAUCGGUCGACGGAGAUGAGGCCGCGAGGUGGUGGCCGUGUUAAGCGGAAGAGACGCAUGACCGAGGUCACAAUAAACCGGUAGUGCCUUUGAUGAAGAGACGAUCCGUGGUUUUGUGCGAAUCCACGUGUUCGGUUGGAGUGGAUCAGUUUGCUCGUGGAGCGUGUGGGGGCUUCCACAUCCGGUGAAACAAAUCGUCGGGUGAAACGCUGACUCGCUGCAAAAGCAACAAACUCUUUGUUGUUGUUGUUUCUUUUCUUUUUUUCUUUUUUUUUUUAAUUUUAUUUUCUUUUCCUUGUAUUUUUUAAUUUAUUUAGUUCGUGACGCGAGAAGGUUUCAUUCUUUCGCGAGGAACCGGGAAACAGACUACGUUCCAGUGACUUUCACGCGAGAACACUAUGAAAGGUGUCGAACAACACCUGUACGGAGGUGUUUUUCGUUCUUUGCGUUCCUCCAGAAGUUCGUCGACGAAGACGACCAACGAUACGAACGCUCGUGACGUUUAGGUGACGAGAAAGUUGACGAGAUCACGAACAGAUCGUAUAAGAUACUCAGCGUUGAUGGUAACGCUACUUCCCGAAUACGAUCGUCUUAUUUAUUGACGUGCUUGUUGCAUGCAUAACGAAGAUCGCGUUCAAACCAGUAUAGACAUCGUGCAGUGGUAAACGCGAUCGGGUACCUCUCUUAAUCUCUAUUUCUACAAUUCUUUUUUUAAAUUUACAUUUUUGUAUUCGCCCGUGUGUACUAGACGAGAUUGAUUCUUACGAAAUAUUUACAAUUUAUCAUGCAUUUUUUUCUUUUUUUAUUAUUCCUCGAGGGAACGCUGCUCUGCAUUCUUUUUAUCAUUAGCUUUAAGAUGAUCCUCUAUUUCUUCUACAUCGUGCAUUACGUUGGGUACUUGACCGCGUCGAACAGAGUUACUUUUGUAACUGUACGUACACGAGAAAUCAUGCGAAUUAUUUCCAAUAAUGUAAGAACAAACGUGUUAAAAUAACAAUGAUGUUAGAGUAAUUGUUUUUGCGUACGUAAAGAGUAUCCUCCGACUAUAUCUGUUCUCCGAUGGUAACGAAAUAACGCGAAUGUUCCAGUGUGAGUGUAACGAGGUGGUAAUUCACAUAUAGAAAUCCUCCAUUAAGAAAAUAUCACAAUGAUACAAGACAAGACACCGUGACCAAAUGAAUCUUACACGCAUAUUCUCUCGUCCUUUAAAAUAUUUUAAUAUUCUCGCAGGCCAUGAUACUUCGUUUCUAUCAGGAGGGAUCUAGACGUACGUUCGUGUUGUAAAAAAAAAAAUUAAAGAAACAUCGUACAGUUUGUAUAUACUAUGUAUAUUACACGUAAGAAAUAGUUCGUAUGUCUUUCAUGAAACCAUACCUAAAUGAUGGUUUAGAAACAAGGCAAGGCUAUCCUCGAGUUAGAGACACAAUGUCGACCCGUUCAGAAUGCUGUUGUAUACGUAAAUUAAAUGAAAUAAUUAAAAAACGUGGUAAUUAUAGAGAGAAUUACCAAAAAUGCAGUCGAAUCUCUUUUGAACCGAAUUCUUGAUCGGAUAUCAGCUUGUUCUCGUUUCGAUCAGCUUCUUCGAACGAGUUUCACUUGGUACGAUGUUUUGUAAUACUUUCGACCAUCGAUCUUGCACGACGGACGAAAUUUCAUUGUUCGAGGAAAGAUAAACGCUUUCGGUCGACUCAAUUGCCGCGGCUUCGUAGACACAGACCGCGAGAAACGAUCGGUCUUCAACUAAACGUUUAUCGCUCGUAAGCCACCAACUUGUUAUACUUCCGCUACGUUUUAUCCGGGUUUUAACGUUGCAUUCCCGACUUUAGCGGGGGAUUUCGGGAUCGAUCGUCUGUUCAACUUGUUGCGAACACGCGGCGACGAAUCCUUAUCCCGCGACCAGAGAAACAGAGAGUCCUUUCAACGACUUCCAAUAUUCCAAAUGGACGUCUCUUUCCACCUUUAUCCCGCGAAUGCGCAUUGUUUCAUGUGUUUGGGGAAUUGUUCAGCUAGCAAGAUUACUGAACAAGGUAUUUCACACGUUUCAAUAUACAAGCCCAAUAUAUCGUUGUAUUAACACUUUGACUGAUGUUUUGUUUGAUCGAAGAUACGAGACGAUGGCGUAAGAAAAUGGUUGAAAAUAAGACAUCGUACACGGUUCAUUUAUCGUACAACUUAUAAUAGGUUUAAGAUGGCAACUACUUAUUCCGAACGAUGUGUUUUAAUUUACAUAUUUAAGUCUUUCACGUUUAAAGCAUCUCCUUAAAAUUUCAAGUAGCUUAUUAAGAGACCGGAAGCAUCUCUCGAGUACUUAUCUCCCAAACACUUUAUCAAAGGUACUUUUGUAUACAGGAUAUUUAGGAGACUCUACUUAACCGAGGAGAAAUGUAUUCGAUAACAAUUGUAACAGCUGCAUCAAAUUUUGUUACGGCAACAAUUUUCUUUCGCCAUUUUCGUUUAACUUCGAUCACGUACGAGAUUUCAGUUUUUCAGUCGAUGACCAUGAUACCAAUCAGUGAAAUAACCAUAGACCAAUAUAUCGAUUCCAUGGCAACGAUGUGUCUUCCCUGAACAUUGUAGCACACCUAAACAGUAUUAUGAAAUAAUUUUGAUGACGAUGAUGCGGCGUUCGGUGGGAUGAUCCGGAGAAAAUCGCGACGCGAUCGUGCAACUUCUUUUCUUCGACUAUCGAGAUUACAAUGCAAUUAGUCGAUAUUAAUGAGGAAAAGGACAGUUAAGUUUGAAUAGGUGCCAAUAGACAGUCUUCUGUCUCUCGUUUCAAAAAUCAGACAUAGAGAUUUCUACUAAUUAAAUAAAAUACUAAUCGACUUUUAUUUGUUAUUUCUACGGUCUCAAUUUCUUUGCACGAUAAAAUCUACUCAAACUGUGUCUAAUUGAAAAAUUCUUCAAACAACAGAGGAAAGGUAAUUGUUCCUUUGAAUUUCUUUGAAGAAUAUCUACUGUUACGUUAAUCGUCGAGAAUAAAAUCGAAGUUACACGAACGACGAUCGUCGCGGAUUAUUUUAAGCGGCCUAUCAGAGUCGCGGCUCGUCCGAUCCGAUCGUUGUGCCGCGCCCUGUAAAUACACGGACCUUAAUUCGCACAUUAAUUCACGAUGUUGUUUAUAUGUAAAUGUGGGCACGUUCAAAGCAACGCGGCACGGCAGAUUGGUACGGCGCCACGAGUAUAUUUUUGUAAUUUUGUAUUUUGAAGAUUUCUCCGGUAACACGAGUUCCCACAAUCACCGCUCGGGGAAGAUACACUCGUCUAUGUUCGUCGAAAUCAGCAAUAUUCAUUUGGUAAUUAUGAUAUUCAUAUGAAACAAAGAGUGAAAUGUGAUCCAGUGGAUUGUAUCAUGACUGUUAACUUGGAUCCUCGUCACAGAAAGGUCUCGAGAAUGUUAAUAAUUGCACAUAGUUACCAGUGAUCGUCAUAAUUAUUGUUAUUGGCUAAAGUUAUUAAUUUCUUAACAAUCAAACUUCAUUUUUGUUUACUUUUGAAAAAUCUUUAAAUCGAGAAGAUUUUUCAAUUCAUAGCGUUCUCCAUCGAUGAUUCCCAAAGAAAAUCAUUAAUUUCUCAGCAAUCAAAAUUCUCUUUCAUUUGCCUCGCAAAAAUAGAUGAAAAAAGACUUUUCUUCACCCGCCAACGAUAUUCAUUCCGCAUCCCGUGAUACGCUAGCCCGUUUAUCGUCACUCGCUGAUAACAAGACAAGUCUGUACAUGAAAAUAGAACACGUACAAGCUACGCAAUUACAGAAGCCCAGGAGUCAACCUGCGUGUUCUAUGUACCAUUAACCGAGGCAUGUUUACCAGGUACGCGUAUGACGAGCCACCAGUCAGCGUGCAAUUAUUAUCACGGGGAUACUUUGUGCGUGCGGUUAGGCUGUUCGUCGCUUUAAUGAGGCUCCCUCUUUGACACCCGAACACCAUAACGUAACAACAUGGUUCAACCGUGCGCAUCUACUCUUCUCCCCGAAGGCUCUCCUUCACCCUGAACGAUCGUUUGCAAACGAUCAACGAGUAGAUCCUUCGACGACCGUUUCUCUCGCUAAUGACUCUGCGUAUCUACCUGUUAGGUAUAUAUGUUAUAUCCGCUUGAAGUCGUUACUCUGUGACAGGAAUCAAAGCCACGAUGGAGCUAAAAGGAUGCGGAUUGAAUUUUAUACAGUCGCGACUGAGAUUUUUCGCUUCGAAACCUUUUCCAAGGAAUCAGUCGUGAUUCGCGAGGGUAAAUAGAGAUUCGCGUUUAAAGAACGACGUUCCAGGAGUUGUUACCGGUUUUCUCGUUGAAUUGCAGUAUAAUUGAUGGUUGAUGGAAGACACCUCGUGAAACGAGUCUAUUUUACGCCGAUAUCGACGAUCAACGGACUUAAUUGCGUCUGUGGUGAGAAUAUAAGACGUUCGAUCGAGCCAAUCGUUUAUAGGGUUCAUCUCGCUUCAUAAUUGAGCAGACAAAUGAAGAAUAGUGAGAACAGUUUUUCGAAAUGUAAAUGUAGAAUAUGUUCAAAGGCGUAUUUUGAAUCGUUAAAAAGUUGCUCGUUUUAUGCUGCCAAAAAAUAAGUACGCCAAUUGCAAAUCGCAAGGAAAAUGUUCUCGUUUGAAUGUACUUAAAAAUCAUCUGUGGUUCCGUCGUCCGUCUUGAUUUUAAAGUGGUGCAACAGUUAUUCCCACCGGGAAUUAACUGAAACUACGUUUCGACCGACCUCUGUAGAUAAUACCCUUAGUUCUGACACUGAGAUAUUGGCGUGAAGUUCUUGAUCCGCAUCUGUGUACGGAUGUAACUACCGUCCAAUACACCGAUCCGACCACAACCAUCUGGACGUAACGCGCGCGUGCAAUUAAUCUAAUUUAAUGAACCAACGGAUGCUUUGGAACACCGUGUUCCUCGGGGAUUUCUAGUAACUCAUUGUUUUCAUGCCAUUUUCAUUCAUAUUCCUUUAGGAUAACUUAAGAAUGCUAUUUCUUUCGUCUUGAACACGCCAUUCUAUAUUCAAUACUCGUGCAUCGUUUCAUUUAAUUAAAUUGACCCAAAACUGAAAUCCGAUAUUCAGUAAUUUUUUAAUGGAGCGAUUUAUUUCUAUCAAGUCUAUUGAUUUUUAUUAAGAGCAUUCAAAGAAUAUAUUAAUACGAGUGUAAUAAAGAUUUAAACUGUGCACGAGAAAUAUAUAUAGCGAGCUCGACAAUGCUGAUUUUUUAAUACUUUAACGGCGAGUGUCAAAGUAUUAAUAACAGCAUUUUCAUUCAGUAAAUACGAUUCAUUAAUAGACAAUAGACAAGUGUUCAUUGAUAAAAAACAUAUUUAAAGGCUGAUAUGGAACAAAAGUACCGUACUUUAUGUUGUUCGCGAAGCAUUUGUAAAAUCAAUGCCUCCAUUCGCAUUCGUUACAUUCCAAAAAUGACUAUAAUUUGUAUGUUACAUUAAGAGACAUUUGAACGCAUUCUCACUGGUUCUUUCAUGGCUCCAUAAUGAUUAGCUGAUUAAUUCUCGGAAAUAUUAAAAAUCCUGAUUUUUACCCGAACAAAUUUCCGAGCAUUAAAUCAAUCCUGAAGACAAUGUUAUUAUUUAAAUCGCAUAGAGUUAAGUGUAACAAGCGUACAGCUCGUACAAUCUCCCGAAAUGUUUUUAUUCACGAAAUAUUUUUAACCCGUUUCUUCGAAGACUGAAGAUUUUUCGUUGAGACUCGUCGAUCCCAAAGGAAUUGCGUUCGUGACGAAAAAACACAAUGAUUAUGCGAACGAUCGGCGAGAAACUAUGUCCGAUACUCACGAGAAAAUAACUUCCUAAGUGUGAUCGAAUGAACUAAUUCGAACACGAUCGUUUCGCGUGUGUUCACGUUUUAUGUAAACGAUUCGAACAACCGCGUGUACACGAGCGACACGAUUUCAUUGCGAAACGUUUACACGACACGAUAAGACUUUAGUGUAAGCCAGUGUUGUCCAAACUAAGCUUCACGGCUUAAGGAACUUCCCUCACUUUGCAUCCAUUGCUGUAACAUAGGAACGCUGGUUAAUGUCAGCGAUAAUUUGUAAAGGAUGCUUAUUCAUUUCUUCGUUCAUCUUUUCUGUGAACAAUGGUGGUAUCAGUGGUGAAAUUUGUUCAAGAUCAAUGAGCUGCUUAAAAUCAUCCUUAACAAUUUAUAUUAUCAGAAUACGAUUGUUUAAUUUUUCAAAUGAAAAUUUCGAUUUUGUAUCUGACGAAGUUGACAAUUUCGAAGGGUCGAAUUGAUUUUGAACAAGCCGCUGGUUUAAUUAGUUCUAAUAAGAAAUCGUGCUAUCUUGAUCGAUCAAUCGAGUCGUGUCCUAAUCAUCAUCGUCGAUACUGCCUAACUCAUUCCAUCGCCACCUGUGUAAAGAAUAUUUAUAGGAGAGACUUGAAUUUCCACGUGUAUACUGUAACGUGUAAGAAUAAAUACCGUACAGAACGCGAAGCAUGUUCCUGACGAAGAGUUGUUACGGUGAUGAAGAAUUUGUUGGACGCGUCUUUUUCUCUGGAUCAGCCGCGUUGCAAGUUUCAUGUGCUUGUCGAAUGUGUGCGAACAUAUAAUAUUAUAAAUAAUACGGGGCCGAGUCAUGAAUAAAUGACGUUUCAUUAACAUAUUUUCGUACCUCGUACAGCUCUCCGUUGUACAGGAUAAGAACGCUUUCAAGUGUUUUUAUCGUAAUAGGUGAUUAUUAUAAAUGUAAAGGAACUAUGUUUGCGUGUCACGAUAUAGGUGUAAGGAAAUUCCUUAGGGAAACGUAACGAUCAGAAUUUUCUUUUCAUAGAUCUUAGAGGAGAUAGGAGAAUUAAGAGGAUGGAUAAUCGAACCGACUAUUCUUUUCGAACGUUGAUCAUGCUUUCUUUUCUACUUUAUAUUGUAUCCAAACUUUAUUAUUGAUAUUCAUGUUAUUAUUACUAUUAUUAUUAUCAUUAUUAUUCACGUAGCUGUGGUUAAUAUUUAAUAUUCCUGUCGAUUUAAUUUUAGAUUUUACAUCGUUACGUUGCGCUGUUAUUGUCACGAUAAUUCGUCUCGACGAUUAUUAUUUAUAGAGAAAUUUUGAUUAGAGAUACAACAUAUGCAGCUUGCCGUUUCUAACAGGAUUUAAGUUUCGUAUCUGUGUAUUUUGGCCGGAUAUAAUUUAUACGUCAUUGUCAAUGUACUAUCACUGUAAAUAUUAUACAUAUUUUAUAAAUGAAAUAUUUAGCGUGACUGUAUUAAAAGAAUGUACUGAAAGCA